CAGAGAAAGAGAGAGAGAAACAGAGGUGGGCAUGCAGCUCUCUAAUCAGAACCAUUAGUUUAUCCAUUGCUGAAGAUUCUGCAACCCAAUAUACAAUAUCAGACUUACUUGAUACUCAGACGGCUCUAGUAAUAACCUCAACAGGGGAGCCUCCCAGUCUUUAGUGCUCUGUCUUGCUUGCGCGCUUUGAGGUUCUUCUUUGCUGUUUCUCAACUGAUAAUCUAUUUCAAGUAUGAGCGCUAGAAGUAUGUUUCCCUUCACCUCAGCUCAGUGGCAGGAGCUUGAAAAUCAAGCUCUCGUCUUCAAAUACAUGGUUUCUGGUGUUCCUAUACCUCCUGAUCUCCUUUUCAGUAUUAAAAGAAGUACCUUGGAGUCUCCUUUCACUUCUAAGCUAUUCCCACACCAUUCUCAACAUGUUGGAUGGAACUGUUUGCAGAUGAGUUUGGGGAGGAAGAUAGACCCAGAACCAGGGAGGUGCAGGAGAACUGAUGGGAAAAAGUGGAGAUGCUCAAAAGAGGCGUACCCAGAUUCGAAAUACUGUGAGAGGCACAUGCAUAGAGGCAAGAAUCGUUCAAGAAAGCCUGUGGAUGUUCUGAAAACAACAGCAACAAACGAGUUAAACCACCUCUCAAAUCAAGCAUUUUCUUCCUUAAAUAAGAACUCAUCCCUACACUCCUAUCGGCCCUUCCCCGCUCCUCAAAUGUCUUCAAAUCCUAAUGGGAAUGGCAUAUCAACCAAAGACACCAAUACCCUCUUGCUUCUGGAUUCUGGUUCUUACUCGGACAGAAGCCCAGAUUACAGGUACACUUAUGGGCUAAAAGAGGAAGUGGAUGAACAUGUUUUCUUCUCGCAAGAACCAUCUGAAGCUACUGCGAGAGCUGAUUUCUCUGCUUCUUCCACCGUUGAUUCUCUGCAACUGACACCACUAACGAUGAGUUGUUCUUCUCUAUACCCAAAACAAAACAACUUCUCCUCUCUGCAGAGUGGUCAAUCAUGUUAUCAGCUUCACCAGAGCCUCACAGACCCUUUGAAGCAACAAAAGAGAGAGGAAUCACAGAAGAAAGUUCAUCGAUUCUUCGAUGAAUGGCCUCAAAAAGGAGGAGGAUCAUGGCUUGAUUUUAACGAUAAAUCGUCAAAUAUUGGCUCAGUUUCCACCACUCGGCUCUCAAUUUCCAUUCCCACCGCUUCCAACGAACUCCCCAUUUUCAGAUCCAAAAACCCAUAAUGAUACCUAUCCCCAAACUCCCAAUUUUUUUGUUCUUUAAUCUUGUUCUUUCUCUGAAGUCAGUUUGUUCCUGUGCUUGAUCUCCAGGGUGACCCUAGCUGUUCCUUAUUGAAUUUUGUUUUGUUCCUAAGGAUGUACUUCCUGCUGAGUUUCACCCCUUCUUUUUUCUUAGGUAGGGUGUGGUUGAAUUGGGCCAUGGGUUGUUUAUUAAACGAAUGUUCCAUCUUAUUUUUCUGUACUUGUCGACUUUUCUACAUCACUCAUACAUGGGAGGUUUUUGAUCACCUGAACAGUGCUACUAGGCAUGGGAAUCAAAUCUAGUCCCAUUUCUUUGGA